AUGCCUACCCCAAGUGCUUUGCGCAUUGCCUUGGAAGAGCCCCAUGGCCUCCCCGAUGCGGAGGCCUUGACCCGCGCGGAACUGGAGUGGUUGCGUCGUGAGUUCCAAGUGGAAGUGGAGAAGUUGGCGGCCCGAGUGAGCGCUCUGGAAGCUUGCGACGGGGACAGUUUGCCCGAGCCGACGAUCAUUGAGUGCAACCAGACCCCGACAGUGGAAGAUGAAGUGGAGGAUGGUGAGGUUGCAGUGAAAGAUCUGGAGAGUUCCGUGCACUUCGACGAGAGUGCGUGGACCUAUCCAAUUGUCCUGGGACUGAUGGACAUCCGAACGCUGGAUGUGAUCUUCUCCCUGCUGCUGCUCUUGCUGAACUUUGGUAUGCAGGUGAUGUUUUCGAUCAUCAUCGUCACCCCAGAUUUCAUGGGCGAGGACUUUGUGAAUAAGAUCACUGUGGCACGGCAGUGGCGGACCAGCUUCGCCCAUGACUACCGGCAUGUGGACCUGUCUGCCACCAGCCUGGUGACGCGUGUUUGCGCGGGCGAUGGCUCCUUGAUCCUGGCGACGACCCAGGCGACCUUGAUCACACACAUCAAUAGCUACAUGAGCCUGGACAAGGAUCAGUUUGAUGCUGGCUUCUUCCCGAUUGGGAUCCUGCUAUGCAUGCUGUGUAUCCUUCUUUGGGCUUUGUGCGUCUACAAGGAGCUUCGGAACACGUGGCAGUCCCUGGAGGCCGUGGCCCAGCUGCCGCGAAACCAGCUGACGGUCAUUCGAGACGGCCACAUUUGCAGCAUCUCUCACGGUCGCUUAAUGGCGAUCAUCGCCACCUACUUCACGCGCUUCGCCAUCGCCCUGGUGCUUCUGAUAGCUGGAGUUCACUGGCUGGCACGGACCACGUCAAUAGCAGAUUUGAUGCUGAAUGCAGUGGCCUUGAAUGCGAUUCUCGAUGUGGAUGAGUUCCUGUUUGCCGGAUUCUCACCUAUGUCCGUGCAGGUGGCGAUUCGGACUCUGGAGCCUUUGAAAGUGCGCUGCACCUCACGGCGGAGUCAGAGCGAAUCGGUGGCAUUGUUGAUGCUCUUGGCGGGCACCUUGUUGCUGCCCUACUUUGGGCUCCUCCAACCUUUGGGGGAGACCAUGCUCAUGGUGAAGAAGGAGCUCUGCGGCGGCAACCAAACCUUCGUGGUGGGGCAGAACUCUGAUACGCAGAUGAUCCUCGGCUAUGUGACGGCGGGCGAGCGGAACCAGGAGCCAAGCCCAUUGGAAUUGGCUGUGAGCGUGCACAAGUUCCAAGAUCCUGUGGAGCUUCCGCAAUAUAUCCAUUUCGUGGCCUCGCCCGAUUUCGAUACUGCGAGAACACGGACCAUGUUGGCGGAAACCUUGGAGUUCAAUCUCUGCAUUGAGCCUGCAAUCCUGCGACCGGGUGGGGCCUUCUACCAAGAUCCAGUGUUCAUGGGCCGCGUUUCGGCACGCUUGGCCAUGGCUGGCGCAGCCUUGGGGCGAAAGGAUGUGACGACAUGCGAAGAGCUUCAAGAGUUUUGUGACACAGGAGACGCGCGACUGUUACGCUUUAUUUGUAGCGACACGUGCGGGUGCACCGAUCCGGCGGCGCCGUCCUGGUUUCGGACACCCGCGUGGGGCUGCUCAGACACCUGCACCCAACUGGCCAUGGAGAGGAUCGGUGAUUGCCGAGAUGCGCCCAUCGAUGAGAGAUGGCAUCAGUUCUGGGAUGGCUAUUUGCCCGCCCUGGAAGCGGUCUAUGGUGUUGGCCUCUCUGGCUCCCAGGCCGUGGUCCUACGGGUCGAACAGGUGCUUAGAGCCAUGAAAGCUGGAGGAUGUCCCACUUUGAAGGACCCCCAGUUGGGCUUUGAGAUUGGAGGGCAGAGAAGUUGGUGUCAGGGUGACCCGGACCUCUACCGGCCCUUGGCCUGGAAAUGCACCUGGGAGUCUAACGCAGAGCAUUCGAAGAACAUCGUGGCCUGCCAGGGGCGCUUGAGCUCCGCACGCCUGGACACGCAUGACAAGAUGCAAGCGAUCGAAGAGAGGUUGGCACAUGCGGAAAAGCGCGCCACCGAGGCCAAGGACGCCUGGUGGCAGGGCGAGCCCGCAUUGAGACAAGUGCAAACGGCUCUGAAAGAAGUGGCGGAGCUCCGUGACUUCACCAUGGACCAGUCCAGCAAGCUUCAGAACAGCGUGCAGACGGAGCUGGGUAAUUUGGCCCAGGUUCAGACGGACUGCGAGGCUGUGCGGGAGUUUUGCCGCCAGCAGACGCAGAAGGUGAGCGAAGGUCAUGACCAGCUCCGCCUCGAGCUCAAGGAGGCGGUCUCCAAUGCUCGUGCCGUGGCCGAGGAGUUAGCCAAAGAGCUGGCACAGCUGAAAGGCCGCGCACCGAAGGAGCCCCAGACGGCGCCUUCCGACGGAGACAUGGCAAAGCAGCUGGAGGAGCUCAAGGAGAAGUUUGUCACUGACCUUAUGGCCUGCGAGGCACGUUUGCAUGCGGAGGACUCUUCCACCCGCCAGUUCACGUCCGAACAAGCGGCUCAACUCUGGGUCUCCGUGGAAGACCUCCAGGAGACGGUGCAGAAGCUGCAAGGGAGCUCACCUUCCGAGCCCAAG